CUCGUGUUGAGCCAUUCUCAGGAGCGAGUACUUUGCACUGCACACCAGCAAGAGGAGGAAACUGCAGCUGUGACUUAAAACGCUGCCUUUUGAUGACCUGCUUUGCAUUUGGACACUUGUAGACCAGUUUCUUUUCCCUGAGCUUCAUUUCAGGGCGGACGAGCCUCUGGACUUGAAGGGACAGCAAGACUGACCUGAACAAAGUGGUGGAUAAUCCAGCCGGCAAGUGUUCCUUCCAACAUAACAAAAACUAGUUCUUAUCACCACUAUACUCGCCAGCAGAGCAGAUCAAGUGCAGGCUCCAGUUUCUGCUCUGUGAAAUUGAAUCAGAGGAACGGAGAGGCAAUACAGCAGAGGCAUUGUGUCCCUGCAAUUGAAACACUAACCAGCUGAAAAUAUCAAAGACCAUCCUGGACAAAGCGUUCCUCUCAAACCCUCCUUGUUGGUCCAAAUUCAGCUGAAGUACAAAGUCAUCAAAAGCUGCACCACACUCAGAGAGGAGAGGGGAAGCAAAGGGCACCUUACACACAGGCACGGGAUCGCGCACAGGUGCCGGGGCUGCCAUGGUGCGUGGACGUGGCGUGGCAGUUGCCCCGUCCUGCUUGGGCCUUUGGGUAUUCAGCACCCUGUCGCUGGCGGCGCUGUGCUUGUCGGACACGGCCAUUCGUUGCCCGGUUUGCUCCGAUGAGAGGCUGGCCGCCUGCCGUCUGCCAGAGGGCUGCGAGGAAACGGUGCGAGAGCCUGGCUGCGGCUGCUGCCCCACCUGCGCCCUACCUAGGGGGGCUCACUGUGGCGUCUACUCUCCACGAUGUGGCACCGGCCUCCGCUGCUACCCACAGCGUGGCGUGGAGAGGCCACUGCACUCGCUGAUGCACGGCCAGGGGGUGUGCAUGGAUGAGAGAGAAGUGGAGGAGAACUCAGGUGAGAGCAAAGAGGUCAAAUGUUUGACCUCUUCACAGAGCACUUUCACUUUCUCUAGGCCUUUGUCAUUUACUCUCACCCCACUCACACGGGAUUUCUCUGCUAACGUCCGUGUAGAGAUGCUGUCUUAGCACAAAGCGUGUAACCAGGUCACCUCAAACUCGGAGCCUGUGUCCGCCUUGCUCUGUGGACCCGGCAGACAAGAAUGCUUUCUGUCUCCGCUCCCUGGGUCUUACCUGAGCUGGGCAGGGUCAGGCUUGGAGGAGAGGUGAGGGGUGACAAUGUGCUGCUUGUUUACCCUAAUCUCUGCUAAGCCCCGAACCAGAGCGUGCACACACACCGGCUCCUCACGCAUGGCCUGAUGGGAGAGUGCACACAGUCCCCCUGCUGUCUUGCGGCUGCUCGCUGAGAAAAGGGCCCUGCUGUAAGAUGCAAAGCAGGCUUCAGAAGGGAGAGUGCUGUGGUGAUAGCUGUGGUGGGCGUGUGAGUGUGUACUCUAUGUGCCUGUAUGUAAGAAGCCUGCGGGGCGUGCAACUCCGUUCCCUGUUUUAGAGUAAGAAUCGUGCAAAUCAUCGUUCGGUUGAUGCAGAUUCCCAGCAAGCCUUUGGGUGUGCAAUUACCUUAUCAUGUUAAGCUGAGAUCCUGCAGGUAGCUGUGCAAGGCAGGCGGUGAAAUGCAUUGUAGUGGUCAGAGUGUGUGUGUGUGUGUGUGUGUGUGUGUGAGAGAGUGUGUGUGUAAUGGGAGGAGGUAAUAAAAGCUGCUGUAUGAAAUGACUGUAAUGGAGUGUGGCUAGUCUGGGGCUAUUAGAGCUCUCUGCAAUCAGUAAUUCACUUGGUUCUCUUUCAUGGACGCCCCCACUCCUCCUCCUCCUCCUCCUCCUCCUGCUGCUGCUGCUGCAGAACUCCUCUUUUGCUGUCAAUGUCUCUAUCACACUCUUUUUAUUCCCCUCUUUGUUGCUGAGUUCCCUUCGCAAAGCAGAAAGUCUGUUUCCACUUUCACUCAGUGGGAUGUCUAAUGCUGGAUGUGUUAUCUGCAUAUCCAGUUCCAGUUCACUGCUUUGACGUUCACUUCUUCCUACUGAGGAAACUGUUUCCCCUGUUUGUCUUCCUCUGCUCUCCUCAAAGGGAGUGGUGUUGAUUUCCAUUAUACCAUAUGAGACAAUUGUUAUAACGUGUCGUAGACAAGGUGGUUCUUUCAUUUGUUCCAGAUUAUCAACUAACCGGAUCACUGCUGCUUCCACUGAGCCCAGGCUCCCAGACAGUAACUGGUAAUGGCAGGAGGCUAUCUGCCAGCGCCAGAACACCAAAGAUUUGGAUCAGCUCAGCCAAUAUAAAACUCCCCGGACGCUCAUCUUAAUGCAGCAUCUGUUUCCCCUGGCCCUGGGAGCACCGCCCCCUCCCAGCUCUAAUAAGCCUUAGAGCGCAUCGCCCACCGUGUCCUGCUCCUUCAUGAGGAUGAGCUCAUCGGCACUCAUUUUGCCAGAGCUGAAAUGAGAGCCUUCUGCUCUGUGUGCAGGGCCAGCAUAGGUUAGACCGGCGCAUAGCAUGACUAAAUGGAAUCAGGAAGAAAAGGAAAGUUGUUUAGAGAAAGAUUAAAAUGAAGGGAUGUUCUCCCCGGACAUUAUUUCUGCUCUUUGAUCCUGUCUGGUCUGAUCAGCUGUCCCAGAACUGGGUUAGAGUGCACAGAGGGGAGUCUCGGUUCCUUUUUUCUCCAAGGCGGGGCAGCAGUAAAUGGAACAUUUUGGAAAGUUCAUAAGUUUUGUUUUUGGUGUUCUGUAAUCUGAGCGCAGAGUUUUGUUUGACUCCACACUCCUUCUCACCCCCGGAGUCUGUCAUAACAAAGCAGGGAAGCUCUGCCCAAUAAAUCUCACUGUAAAUCAAUUCUUCUGGGCAGCAGCUCAAUUUUGCUGUAUAAGAAUGUUCAGUGUAAACAAAUGGCAGCGGAGAGACAAUCAGAAAGGCUCGGGGAUGAGGGGUGGGGGGGCAAAGACCAACUCCAGUCAAAGGCAGGAGAUUUCCUUUGUGGCGCAUUCACCGUACUUAUGCAUUAUUAAACAAGGGGGUGCAUCUCCUGAAUACAUGUCUGACACUGCCCCACUCCUAGCAACAGUGAACAUACUAGAUAAAAAUAGAAGAGGGUUUUUAAAAACCAGGAGAAUUCAUAAUGAAAAGGAUCCUGGGAUAGAGGCAGACCUCAGCUCAAUGAAGCGAAUUCAGGGUGUCAGGUUAAUAGUUACAGUUCUGCAUCUGCAUUCUGUAAAGAUGCGUGCUGCCUCAUGGCAGUUGCUGAGGGAAUAGUUAUGAGCUAUCAGUCCAUUUUCCUUGCUGAAUUUCUUUCAAAAAUGCAUCAACCUUCAGGCUAUUCCUGAACCAAAUUUCCAUAGCAACAACAACAAGCACUGCUCGGCAUCUUAUGUCAAGGUCUAAGACAGCCUUCAUGCAUCUUGAUAUCCCAUUCUCAGAAACCCUCUCCAUUCUAAUACUGAGAAUAAAUCGUCAUGCAUGUGUUGGCAUCUGCUCCUCAAUUCCUGCCGGGUCUGGCCGAGUGUCGUAUUCAAAUGCUUCCCCUCUGACUGUGAAACAGAUAUUGUGUACAAACUGAUACAGAUGUCAGAUAUGUAAAGUCUAACACCUUUAGGCCCUGAAGGAGCUGCAUGAAUGAAGCCGUCCCUGUAGCCAGAGUCUGUACAAUUUACUGUGACACACAGAUCUUUAUGAAAGCAGCAUGCUAACCUAGAUUCUCCCGAGAAUGAGGACUCCACAGCGUGUUAAAGGAACUGAGGGAUGUGGAUGUCUUUUCAGGGUGCCAAAAGAGGAUUUUCCAAAACCUCUUUUCGCAGAUGUCCCUUAAUGUUGUGUAUUUGCUUUUUUUGGGUCGUGCAGCACAUUUGUACAGCUGGGGCUCUUGUGCAGGAGUAAAUGUGAUUAGCUAAUUGUUGUUCUCCAUUGGACAGGGACCCCCCUCUAGUGUUGGAGCUGAGAGAUAAACAUAAACUGUCCCUAAGUGAGACCUCAAUAGCUUACAUUUCAUAUGUGCAACUAUUCAUCUUAACUCUUCACAAAUCAGCUGCUCAAUAGCAUGACAAACUGCUAUUUUUAUCAACAAGUGUAUCUAUGUGCAGCAAUUAUCACUGCCUAUUCAUGGCGCCUUCUGUCACUGGAUGCGGAGCCAGCGUUUUCCAUAGCAACUGUAUGCUAAUCGCGAUUAUUUGAGCAAUCAAGGAUUGAAAAAAAUGAGGGAACAUCAUCUGUCACACCUAAAACAGGACAAUGUUUUCAUUCUGCUGGUCUCUUCUAUCAAGAUGUGAGAGGAGGAUUUAAAAAGAAAUGGCCUAAAAUAACAUAUUAUUUAAGAGCAAAUUUAGCUACUUUGUUAGUUCCAUUGCAGUAGAUGUGGAGGCUAUGAGCAACUGUAACUGUCUCCACACACCAAGCACGAGUAAAAGCGUUUGCGCGAAUGAUUUACUUUUGUCAAUGCAAAGAUGCAAUUAAGACGCUCCAAUUACUCUGGUAGCGCGAAUGGCGUGAAUUGGGCGUGAGCUGAAAAUGUCUCAACUUGAAAGUCGCAAUAAUUAAUCAGCACAAAAGUUGCCAGGUGACGUAUGAAGACAGAUGGUUGUUGACUGGUAUCAAAAAUGGAGGAAAAAAUGAUCGUGUCAGUGUGUGGGUGCCCGAAUUAUAUAAUACCUUUUCUUUCAAUUACUGAAUAAAAAGGAGCUCGCCUGAAGCCAAGUGAGUGAGAAGGUCGGAUUACUUGGUAAAUUGUAAUAAACCUUUGUCUACCACUCGAUCCCGGGGGUUUAAUUGGCAGGGAUUACCAUUGAAAUUAACAUUGACGUGCGAAUGAAGCGAGUAAAUACUAUUCAUUCACACGUCUAGAUUCGCACAGAUUUAGCGAGUAGAUGACUUUACUCGCGCUUGGUGUGAGUGCCCCGUAAGAGGCUUAUCAUUACUCAAAUAGCUACAAGGUCAAUUGCGUUUUGUUAAAGGGGGUUAUCGUGGAUUUUUUUCAGACUCUAUAGUUCCUUUCUGGUACCUCUUUCACAGCUUUACAUGAUUUUCAGAUCGGAAAAAGCCUUGAAUUUGUCACGGUGGUGUAUUAAGAUAUCACUAUUUCAUCCUUCAUCUGACACGCUUCAUUUUAGCUGCUGUCUCUUUAAGGUGCCCCCAUCCACAAGCCAACUUUCCUCUUAUUGGCCACCUCCUUGGAGUAAGACCUUUCCGCUCUGCCAGAAGCUCAGAUAAACCAGGAAGGAGAGUCUAUAAUUCAUACGCAAGAAUUCUAGUAAGUCUCGCACAUAAACCACGAUCUCAUAUUUUUUCGCAUUCGUCCGUGAUUUGAGCAGGAUUUAUGGACACCAAACUUUAAAACUUUGAAGUUUUUGUUGUAUACCUGGAAAUGCACCCCCCCCCCCCCCCCCUUAAAGGAGGUUUGGCACGAUCUUCUGCACUUGAAAGCAGAUGUAGAGCCGAGUCAGAGCCUCCCACAUCACUGUUCCUGUGUUUUACAGUCAACUCCAGGUAAAAUACAAACAGCUGCUAGUGCACUGCAGGACCAGGGCCAUCAUACACUCAUGCAGCUGCAAUACUGUGGAGGGUGUGUUAGUAUUUUGGCAGAUUUUCUCCACUUAUUCAAUACACAAAAUUACGAAAUAAAUAUAUUGUUAAUCACUGUGACAGAUUAUUAUUUUUUUUGUAAAGGAAAAUUUUCUAAUGUAGAUAUAAAGAUUGUUAUCCAUCAGCUUUCAAAAAAAAAAAAAAAAAAAAAAAAAAUAUAUAUAUAUAUAUAUAUAUAUAUAUAUAUAUAUAUAUAUAUAUAUAUAUAUGUACACUGUAUAUAUAUAUAUAUAUGUAAUUUUAUCCAUUUAACCAGGAAAGCCUCAUUGGGAUUUAAAAUUUCUAUUACAAGAGUGUCCUGGCCAAGACAGCAGAAGCACGUUUCAACAAAGUUACAGACAUAAAGACAUGCUGUUUAAAAUUUGGUAACAUGUUCUGGGUCAUUUAAUAGAAAUCUUCGCACAAGGCAUCUGCAGCCUGAUGCAUCUUCCUCCAAAGCCUUCAAACUGCUUUUCAAAACAUUCAGGGAGACCAACUGGGGUAGCGUACGUAAAAUUCUUUUUACCAAUUUCAAGACGCACUAUGGAGACAGACAGCAAAAGUAAGUCCUUUGUCACAGAGCAAAGACAAUAACUUCCAACAUUUUUCAAAUGAAUGGCAAAAGAGGAAAAGUUACGAAUUGAGUUGUACAUGCCAGAGAUUUAGCCUACAAGUAGACAAUGCAGUAGACAGCCAACUCGAUUAUACAGACAACAGUGGUGAGUAAGAGACUUCAGAUUAGCAAUGAACCUCAGGGCCCCAUGGUAAACCGUAUCCAGAAAGUGAAAGCUUUGAUUUAAUGCAUGCAUAUCACCAUAGUCAAUCAGGGUGAUAAAUAUAGCUGCAGCAAGACUUGUCUGCAGCAAAAUAAAAACAGGAGUCAUUUCUGACAUAGAAGCCCAGCCACAGCGUCAGCUUCUUUAUAAGUUUCUGUAUAUGACGUUUAAAAGACAAGGAGUCAUUAAUUAGGAAUCCCAGGUAUUUGUACAAUAAGCAUACACUGUCUUCGGUGUUUUCUUCAGGUUUAGGUUUGUUCGCCACAAUCUUUAUAUUUGGACGUCAGAAAGCAGGUGAUGGAAAUAGUAGCAAGGGUCACAGGAACAUUCCCUCUUGGUUUGGUGCUCCUCAAGCCAUAAAUUCAACUUCAUCAGGUUGUAAGUACAACCAUGGACAGUGCAACAUGUACCAGAGCUAUGUAAAGGCAUUUCAAAAUAUGUAAGUUACAGUUUUUCAUGCUUGAAAAAAACUCUGUGGGAAUAUCUGCCAUCUUUUUAGGUUUGUUUGCAACAGGUUGGAAACAUGACAGGGAAUAAAAAGGCUUUUUUGGAGAGGAUGAAUCUCCUAGAUGUAAAAAUGGAAAGAGGUACGCUACUCUGUGACAGACUGCGAGAGCAAAUGGUUUAACUAUUACAGAAUAAUGUUCCUCAGCUGGGUUGUGUUUUUCGCUUGUGGUUGUGUGCGUGCGCAAGGUGCGUUUAUGAACUCAUAGCAUGGGGGUGGGCCUCUCCAUGUUCUCCGCUGUCCGUGCCUCAGCAUAAGAUUGCAAAGAAUUGGGGGGUUUCAACAUCUUCAGUAAAUAUUGUUAUCAAAAGAUUCAGAGAAUCUGGCAAAAUCGCUGUUUGAAAUGGACAUGGCCCAAAACCAAUACUGGAUGUGAUCUUCCUAGUUGCAUUAAAAACAGACAUGACUCUGUAGUGGAAAUCACUGUGUGGGCUAAAAGUAUCUCCUAAGAGCCAUUCUCUUUAUAUUCAGCUCUUCCUUGCAUCCUCUGAUAUAGGUUAAGACUGGACUGGUGAAGUGAGGAACUGUCCUGGAGUCUGACAAAUAAAAAUUUGACACUCUUUUUGGAAAUCAUGGACCCUCACCUUUCUGCUCUGCAGACCACAAAGCUUUUCUAUUCAAGCAAAUAAAAAAAAAAACAGGAUCUGUGAUGGCAUGGGUGGCUUACAAGCUUGUAAUUGGGGAUAUGAUUAAAGACCCACUCUGAUGAAAAUCAUGUUUUUCUUGUUGUCUACAUAUUCACAUGGCAUUUUUCUGAUGCUACAGGACAUAUUACGAGAAAAAUAAGACCAAAAUUGCAUUUCUGAGAAUUUCUGCAUUCAAAUUGCUGUGAAUCUCUGGCAGGCCCAAAUGAUAGGGUCAGUUACAGUGAGACUUCCUAGGUAGCAAAUCCAAGCUCCGCCCCCGGAGCCGUGGAAUGCAGGCCAGACUGGUAGAAAUAGAGAGGACAAUCACGGAACAUGCAAGUGCGUUGGCAGAUCGCAAUGCUUGUAAGAAAGCUAAUUAUGAUAUUAACUAAUAUCAUGCCCCUAAAGACAUUAGUGUCCGAGAGCUGAAUAGCUCCUGUUAUCUGCCACUUCUACUACACCAGCAAUGUUAGGCUACAAGCUAACGCGAGGAGAAGUAUGCAGAGCAGUGCUAUCUCCACCCACGAUUUCAAGGAAAAUUGCUUCUGAUCUAUUAGAGCUUUGCAAAAGAAAAGUCCUUGAAAAUGACACAGGUAACAUGAUUUUGGCUAAAAACUCCAUUAUCACAAUGUAAAGACCACUGAUAACACUUCAAGUAGUAGAGAUAAAAUUGAUCAGAGUGGGACUUUAAAGGAUUUAAGUAUACUGUUCAAGUAUACUCAGGUAUUAUACUACUAUGCUAUACUACUCAUAGUUACUAAUAAUGCUGUUUGAUUUCUGUCCUCCACUUCAACUCAAAACCCUGGUUCUGUACAUACAGUAUAUCAACAUGAGAACUUGCAGUAAAAAUCAAGACAGGAAAGUAGCUAAAACAGUUUAACCUAACUGGGGUUUCCCUUUAUUCGUAAACUUAUUCAGUAGUACCAGAUCAUCAACAUGUGACGGGUGGCUGAGAUUACCCAAGCUCACUUUGACAGGAUUUACUCACAGAUCUUCAAGUUGAUAAAUCCACAAAACAGUCAGUAAUGGAGUCCAGAGUACUGAGCUGAGAUGACUCUUAUACCUCAGUUCAACUCAGUUUGGAUUGUUGGACACAUGAUUCAGUCAUGUCUUCAAACUAAAUUCCAUCUAGAUGAAAAAUAAGAUUGCUCUCUGAAAACAGAACAAACUUUGAAUCUCAAUGGAUGCAGUGAAUGUGGGAAAAACCUCGCUCUGUGCUCAAGUUUCCAAAACACGUUUUAUUUUAAUCACGCACAUGAUGUUUUGAUCCAAAAGAUUUUAGUCAGAGUAAAGAAUAAUGUUUAUCCUGAUGAUGAUCCAUCUGGAACGGCUUCACUAUCCUUCCUGAGUAUUUUUCUGUCUCUGAUCUGCACCUUUUUUAUGUGUGUGGGAGUGUGCAAUGUCUUGCUUGUCAGACACGGCAGCAAACUUUCAGGCAUCAAGGUGAAAUAUGAAACUUGAGGUUUGAUGUAUUAAUUAUUGAAAAAUGUGCAAACUUAAAUCUGAUAUUGCUCAAAUUGAAGAAGACAACUUUAGUGUUAAGGCUCAUUUUAGUAGCUUUAUGUUGGGUCCAAACUGAUAACUAAAACCUGAUUCUUGCACGCAUCUGCAACUACUUUUUGUCAUGGUCUGACAGCAAUAUGUGAAAUAUACCUCUGGAAACAGAUAACUUCUCAGUAACUCCAGUGUAUCCAAUGAACUCUGUGACUUUCUUUUCCUUGUGGGUCAUCUCUUGAUCCAUCACUAACCCCAGAUGAGUGCUCGUUCAUCUCUUUCACCCACAAUAGGUAUCAGUUUAUCAGCAGACAGCUACAAAGACGCUUCCCUCUGUCACAAUGGGGGUUUGUACUUGUAAAAGAAACCAGUUUUAGUAUAAUUUACUUACAAUCCAAAGUUAUUAAGUUUGCCAAAAUAACAUCAUGACACAGAUUUGUAAAAUUACUUAUUUAUUUUGGCCUCAAGGGGCGAUGACUAAAACUUUUAAAAUGCUGGUUAGACAAAAGUCAGAUCAAAUAUUUCUGAUGCUUUCUGUAAGUCAGGAAAUCUUAAGCUGUACAUGAAAACAAAGCUCACUGGCUUUUGUUGCAGCAUUUGGCAGAUUUGUUGCUCAAGUUGAAAUGCUGGAUUUCGAAAACCUUGUUUGCUGGACUAUCUUGGAGAUAUCUUCUAAAAGAGAGAAAUAAAUCAACAUCUGUUAGACAGUUUUCCUGUACCAAAGCCGACUGGAACGUGCCAAAAACUUUUUUGCCAAUUGGAAACCAGAACACUCCCUGUGAAGAAAAAUCAGACCCCCAAGAACAGAUUCUACUUUUUCAUGUACAAUCAGACAAUAAACAUUUAUAGACUGAACUACUUGAUAUCUAUUUCAUCAUGCUGCAAAGUUUUGCUGUUCUGUUUUGUUAAGUUGUGGACACAAAACAUUAAAAUGUAAUCAUUUCUGUAUCAUAGCUUCAGAUGAGCAAUGCCAAAAAUGCAUAACAAGUUGCACAGAAAGGUCAUUAAAGUCCUUUGGUGUCAUGUUCUCAGUGGUCUUUAAAAAUUGUGAUGGUGAAGUUUUUAGCCAAAAUCGCGUUAACUGUCUCAUUUUCAAGGACUUGCCUUCUGCAGAGCUCCAGUAGAUCAUUAGCAAUUCGCCUCAAUGUCGUGGGUGGGGACAGCACUGCUCUGCAUACUCCUCUUCACGUUAGCUUGCAGGCUAACAUUGCUGGUGUAGUAGAAGUAGCAGGUAAAAUAGGAGCUAUUCAGCUCACAGACACUUUCUAUGGGGGCAUGAUGAAAGCUAAUAUUAUUGCUAGCUUUCUUACAAGCAUUGCAAUCCGCUAACGCACACACUUGUUCCGUAAUUGUCCUCUCUAUUUCUCAGAGUGUGGCCUGCAUAGAAGUGCUCCGGGGGCGGAGCUUGGAUUUGCUAUGUAGGAAAUCUCACUGUGUCUGAAGCUGCCGUUUGGGUCUGCCAGAGAUUCACAGUGAUUUGAAUGCAGAAAUACUCAAAAAUGCAAUUUCGCACUUGUUUUUCUCAUGAUAUGUCCCAUAGCAUCAAAAAAAAAUGCCAUAUGAACAUGUAGACAACAAGAAAAACGUGAUAGUCAUCGGAGUGGGUCUUUAAUCAAAUGAGUUAUCCUACUUUCUGGGUAUAAAAUAAAUCAGCUAAUGAAUGUUUAAAAAAAUUCAAAACCACUUUUUGUAUAAUGACUUACCUGUUAGGUUUUCACUCUAAAGCCAUUAUCCUUAGGAGUAACCCGAGUGUAGGUACCAGAAUGAAGCUUUGCAGAGCUAAGGACAGUAGAGAGUUCACUCUGCACUGUCAGUGCUCUGGGGUGUCACCAAGAGAUUUCGGGCCCCAAGCUAAAAUAUCCCCACUUCACUGCAGCAAAUGUUCUCAAACUUUUAGGCCUCUAUUAGGUAUUACAUCGGACUUUCACCAAAUCCACGCUCCGAUCCAUUUUGGCUUGUUUUGGCUCAACAGCAUUUUUAGAGCCCAGCACAGAGCAGCACCGCCUGACAGCCAAAGUCCCAAGACCAAGAAAUUCCUGUAUUAAGUACAGAUUCAGGGGUCUCCUACCUCCAUGAUGAGCUCUGCAAGCCUCCGACCCAUCGACUCCAGGCCUGGUUCUGCUCACUAUGAUGGUUUGUUGAUGCAGUGAUGUUAAACACAAUCAGGCAUCAACAUGAAGUGUUUUAUUUUGAAUAUUAGAUGCCAGAGGAAGCUGACACACUGAAGUGAAAACCUGUCUGCUUCGCUCCUGUGACUGAGUCUGAGCUUUUCCUUUAGCGCCCCUGGCAAUGCUGAGCAGUAUACUCCCUAAAGUAUAUCAUGCUUGUCAAAAUUAAAGAAGCUUUUACUGUGUAGGAUUUAUCAGACUUAUUCUCAGUUGUUUUCGUUACAAAAAUCAAAACUAUAUCAGAGUGUAGUGAAAGGAGGCUUCUCCAUGCCUGAUGUCUAAUUUGUCAUAUCCAAUGUGGCUGGAGAGGUUAGAGACGGUUUCCUUUUUAAAAAAAAUCUUUAUUAACCAUUAAUCUGUUUCGUUAAACUGACACACUGGCUUUAUUCGGCACACGCUGGCAGAUUGUCAAUACUCACACAACGGCGCUUAGUUUGAUCAUUAACCGAUUCAUGGAAAUCCCCUUCCUGGAAAACAAUGUCCUGAUAAUCUCGCAGCUUUCAGUGUUGACUCAGAAGAUCAGUUUUUGGUCAUAAGCCUGGUAGACUUUUGAGCUCACUGCCAGAAACAAUGGUUUUGGAGAAGAAGCUGAACCAAAGUUGUCGAUUUUUCAUCAGAUUAGUUUCUGUCAUAAUAAUUGAAUCUUUUCUGUCAAAGAGAGCAACCACAUUGAAAACAUCUGGAGGAGGUUUUAUUGACCGAUAAGUUGCAACCCAAAUGUUUGUACGACACAAAUGAAUAAGACGACAGAACAGACAUGAAUCCCUGGACUCAUUGUUAUAACUAAACAGUGAAAUAAAUUGAAACGCAGUUUUACUUUUUGACUGCACCAUAGCUUCUCUUUUGUUUUUUGGAUGAGUGAUCUUUUAUUUGUUUAAAAGAACUGAUAAGUAUUUUUAGGAGUAAUAGAAGGGUCAAACAAACUCAGGACUUUUUCCAGGAGAUCUGGGCUCAACUCCCAUCUAAAAAACAAUAAGUCAGUGGCCCUUUUUUACAGUUUCAUAACGUGUAUUAAAAUAUUGACUUGUGCUUUUUCUUCCAAACCUGACUUAACACACUUCCUCAUCCUAAUCAUAUUGUGACAUAAAUACAGUGAUAACCCCGUGUUUUGUGUUGCGUGUCUAACCAGAUGUCGUGUAUCCAUUGCUGCUGACUUGAGUGUUGAGUCCUGCAAAAGUGACCUUUAACAGAGAUUUCGAGGUUUUGGGACACUGGUCACGCUGUUGUGUUUGACUGGGAUUGAGACAUGUCUCUAUCUUUGCUCAGCAGAUCUGAGAAGAGCCUAAAUAAAGUCAUUGUUUUCAGAGGGUGCAUCCAAGGUUUUUGAUGUCUCACGUAGUGGCCUCUCUCUGGCUCCGAUCCAAAUCAAAAGCAGUGGAGGUAUAAACCACAGGAAAGAACUCUGUCAAUGUGGCUGAGCAAAUAUUUGUUUAAGGAGGAUAUUUGGCUUUGAGGUUUUCGAGUUCAGCUUAGUUUAAAGCCACUUACAGUGAAACCUGACAAGUGAUGACGCCCCUUUGUUAAUGUUCCACAAAUGUACAGACAAAUAUAUCAACAAAGACAAAGAACUUGUUGUCACUAUUACGUGAUGUAACCUGAUAUUAAACUGAUGUUUGUCCUCAGGUAAAAAAUGUGGUUAUCUUAUCGACAGUACGUGCUGAACCUCUUAAAUCCUAUGCUCACAAUUUCUCGUGAAAGUCUGAUCAAAAAUGUGCUGUAGAAGUAUAUGCUGACACCUUAGCCUGACUAAAACCCCGCUGAGUGGAAUUACUCAGUUGGUCUAACACUAAUCAAACAGCUGAAAUGUGCUGAAGGAAGGUGUGAAGUAAAAAAAAAACCUCUACAAAGGAGAAGGGAAAUUUUUAAAAGGUGAAGCUGUUGAAUCAUAGGAAAGGUACAGAGCUUUAAAGCCAGCAUGAGCAGCAGUCCCUCUGGUUCAUCCUAUUGCUCAAUGAGGUUUAUUCAACAUGUGGGAGACUAAAAUGUGAUUGAUGGCAAGCUUGUGAGCUAGAUUUGCUCAUGCAUAUUACACCCACUGAUUGUUAACUAAUACAGGAGUCACCUUUUUACCGUCUCCAGCAAAGAAGCCUAAGUUUGAGCAAACUUUUGUUGAGCAAACCUGACAGGCUGGGGCAUGUAGGCCAGCUUUCUCUAUGCAGCUCUAUUGACAAGUAAAGGUGAUGUAGGCAUUAAGGAAGUAUGACAUAUUUUAGCAUGUAAAAGUGAAAAACUUUCAUAUGAUGACAGUUCCACUUUCCCCAAUGUAUUUAAAGGGAUAUUCCAGCUUAAAAUUAAGUAAGGGUCAAACACACACCGCAUGAUAACAAUACACAGCGGUCUACCACUCAAUUCGCAAACCCCAACCAAAGACCCACUCUAUAGCCACAAAUAAUGCUCAGAACAGCACUACCAAACAUAUUUUUAACUUUGCCUGAUUUCUUUAGCAAAGAGACCAAACACAACUCACCCAGUAGUGAGUUGAGCUCAAAGUAGUAAUUAAAGACAAAAUAUUUUAUUCAUGGGAAAUUCUGGAAGGCCUUCUUUUUGCAAUCAUUUGGUCAUUUUAUUAAAUAAAUAACUGUGUCGUUAAAGUGAUCAGCAGAUUUAUUCAACACUAAACUUAAGCUACAACCCCUUAAGUUGACUUUGUUUAUUUCCUGUGAGGAACUUUCAGUUGAUGUCAAUUUUGGUGCCCCUGUUGAAAAAGCACCAUUUGCUUACCUUGUCCUCUGCAUGCUUGGGUGGUGUCUUCUAGCAAAACAUGUUUAUUGUGAAUGUUUUAGGUGGAAACUGCAAAACAGGGCUGCUUUAACAUAAAAAAAAAAAUCAUCAGUCUUGUCACUGAUGAUCUUGUUUGCUUUAGAUAUCAUAGAAAGGCAUUAAUAUAAAUUUCUGUCUAUUUUGUAAAUAACAGUCAACUCCUCAUGGGAGUUUUAAGUCAAUGUACCAGAGGACCAAAAAGUGGAGACUGUUUCUGAUUAUUCUCAGUCAGGCCUGUCGUUAUCUUUACUGCACACCUGUGACUUCCAGUGCCUCGCAUGGUAUCAUCACCAGGCCUGAUAAUACACCCAAGGAAUUUAUAUUUGGAAAGCCAAGAACUGCUGCUGAUCCAAAUCACAUGAAACCACACAAAAAAGUGGCAACUUCCUCCGUGGAAAACAGCAGUGGUAGCAAACAGGACAUGCCACCUCUGACCCACUUUAAUCACUUUGGCUCGCUCUAUGAAAGAGGGUGGAAUCGAAAAAAAAAAAAAGUGUGAACAUGCACAAGAGGAGAGGGAACGACUUGGAACAAAGGGAAACAGCUGAAAGCUUGUUGGCUCUGGUGGAAGAAAGUGCUGAUGAGCAAGGCUCAACGGCAACAAGACUAAAAAUACAAACAGCCGAGAGACACUUCCCCCUCAGACAAGCCAAGCAAAGCAAGAUGACUGUCUGUGAAGUUCACCUUCCAAAGUUAAAAAAAAAAGAGUGUAGUCACUGUUUGACAAUGGCGAUUGACUGCUGCAGGGCCUGAACCAGCUUGAAAAGAAGAACAGUUAGAAAGACUGAAUGCUUUCAUGCGUCGAAGACCUGAGAGAAGCCUGCAAACUGCACAAGAUUAAGGAGGCUACUGACCCACCUUUGUUGUCUCUUUGCCAUCAACAAUUAACUUUAGAUAUAAACCAGAGCUCAGGCCUGGUUCAGUGAUCAGAGUGAGAAUAGCUUUAACCUGCAGUUUCAAACGCUUUGAUUCCAGUGCCAAUCUGUAAAAUGCCACAGGUUAUGAGCAGAAAGCAGAAAGCGAAAAGGACUGCCAAGUCUCACAAGCCACAGGUGAAAGGCAACAUGCAGGCUCACAAAGAAAGACACACACACAACCUCUAAUCCUCUGUUUCAUCUAUCUUGUGCCCCCCAACCACCAACCAGCACACACACACAUCAAGUUGUGCCCACUUGUGACAGUGCAAAUACCCUCUAAGAACCUCCAUCUGGCAUAGACUGAGGUUGUUGUGGAGGGGUGGAGGAUAAAGAGGGAGGGGGGCAUUUCCUGAGGAAGCAGCUGCCUGCCUGCAGGGCCACAGCGCUGCAGGAUUAUAGGGAUGUAAAGGUGAAUGUGGCACAGACCACAAUGUACAGAGGGUGGCAGAGCAGGGGUGGUAUCGUUUAAAAAAGCCUCAGAGCUCGUGGCAUGGCUGCAGCGGUGCAGUAGUAGUUGAAAAGUACCAGGGUGAGAGCUGAAGUACAGAUUACCCCCCAGAGCGCCAACACAACGCUGUGUCCUUGAGGUUAACCUGGCCUCAUUUUUAGCCUACAUCUCACCACUUUCAGCUGGAUGGGAUGUUAUGUGGAAGGACAAGGGGGAGAGGAAGAGAAGCAUUAGCUCUGUGUCUCACACCAGGGCAAAUCAUCAUUAAAUAGAUGGUGCCCUCAAUUUAGCUUAUAACAUUCAAGUAUGAUCCAAGUGUGCUGAACCUACCAUCUUACAACACUUGAUGGCUGUUUCAAAAAUACACAGAGGGGUUGUACCUGACUUAAGAAGUAGUGGAUUUAGUCAUUCUUAAAGUCCCACUCCGAUCUAUUUUUUUUUUUUUCAACUAAAAGUUUUAUCAGUGAUCUUUAAAUUAUGAUUAGGAAGUUUUCGCCAAAAUCCCGUUAACUGUGUCAUUUUCAAGGGCUUUUCUUCUGGAGAGCUCCAGUAGCUCAUUAGCAAUUCGCCUCCGACUCGUGGGCGGACACAGCGCUGCUCCGUACACUCGUCUUCAUGUUAGCUUGCAGCCUAACAUUGCCGGUGUAGUAGAAGUGGCAGGUAACAUAGGAGCUAUUCAGCUCUCGGACGAUGAAAGCUAAAAUCAUAAUUAGCUUUCUUACGAGCAUUGCAAUCUGCUAACGCACACGCUUGUUCCGCGAUCAUCCUCUCUAUUUUUCCGAGUCUGGCCUGCAAAGCGGGGCUCCUGGGGCAGAGCUUGGAUUUGCUAUGUAAGAAAUCUCACUGUAUCUGAUGCUUCUGUUCGGGUCAUGCUGGAGUUUCACAGCAAUUUGAAUGCAGAAAUACUCAGAAAUCCAUUAUUUUUCUCAUGGUACGUUCUGUAGCAUCAGAAAAAUUGCCAUAUGAACAUAUAAAAAACAAGAAAAACAUGAUUGUCAUUGGAGUGGGUCUUUAAGCCGACAACAAUUACAUGGUGACUUCUCUAUCUGUGCUGUAAAACGGCUCAUCAUCUACCCUGGGUGUCCUUGGCUUAAACUUUUUCACAUUACAUGGUAUAGAAAGAGCAAUUGUAGGUGUUACUGGCAGCUGAUUGUCCUCCCCACUAGUUUGUUGAUGGCAAUUUCUCAGUUUGAGUUUGCUGUGAAUGAUCAAUUAUCGGCAUCUUUGCCAGUUUCACUUCAUUGCUGUCUCUAGUGUCUCCUUUGCCAGAUCCAGUCUUUUGUUGGUCAUCUCUAUUGCUAUUUGUGUCAGUUUCAGUGUGUUACCAUUCCUAUUUUACACUUCUUCAGUUUUAAUUUACUGUUUAUCAUCUCUUGUCUUCUUCACCAGUUUUAGUAACUUGUUGGUCUUUGUAAGUUUCUAUUAGUUGUUGCCUAAACACAAGUUUUUGAUAUAUAAGAUAUUCUUGUAAUGCCACUUUUUGUGUAUGGAUUUUCAACAACACUCCUUUUGUUCUGCUCAGCAUCAUCUAAAAAUAAGAAGCUUUGUGUGUGUGUGUGUUUUUAUUUCCACACACUGGGUUACAGCUUCUUAUCAGACUAGGGGCUCUAUUUUCGUGUCCGUCGGGGACGCGGUGGAGGAUGGCGGACCCCGGCGCACAGCCAGUUUGGUAUUUUCUUAGACUGAGGCGCACCAAGGUCCGCUAAGCUGAGUGUGGUGGUGUGGCAGAGGGAGGUGUUGACAGAAUCAGCUGGUGCAGGGACAUUUUCGUGCUCACCGAUGGCUACGACUCCCGCGCUGGGAGGAGCUGAGUUAGGGAGGAGGGAUGCUUACGCCAGGCUGUGCCACUCACCAAAAUACCAAAUUGUGCUUGGGAACGCCUUGUCAGUGCGGCGGACCUGACUUAUGCUGCGCCUGCACCACGUCUCUGGCGAAGCAUGAAAAUAGAGCCCUGGGUGUUCAAUCAUGCCAACAUUACAUUUACAGAGAUUUAAAUGGUAGCUUAGUUAUGUUAACUGUCUUGUGAGCUAAAGUUGGUGGCAGCUCAAUGUGCAAUCCUACAACGACUUUUGCAUGUCUUACUAAUCUUAAUCAACAACUUUUUCUUUGUUAUAGAGAGGACACCUUAAAUUUCUUGUUUUAAAAAAUAAAGUGAGACCUAAGGGUUACUUUAAGGCUGACUAUAAAGUUCAAAGAUUCACAUUUUGUACCCCAUAAAAUACUCUAUGUUCAAUGUCUCAAUGAUGGAUGAAAUUUCUAAGAGUGUGACUGACAAAAUGUGAGUCAGGUCUGGGUGUUCUUCGGAUCUUCAACUUUAGGGGAGCAGCCCUGAUGCAUUUUUUCAUCUUUUGUUGAAUAUAUGGAAUAAAAAGUUAUCCCUUCCUUCCUCUAGCGAUGGAGAGGCAGGAUGAGAUCAUCCUCGAGCACCCGAACAACAGCAAUAUCCGGUGCAGUCCACAAGACAAGCGCUGCAUACAGAAGACCCUCGCACGCCACCCUCCAAAGUCCACAAAUCAGAGAAGCAACACAGCCAGGGAGGAGACCAAGGCGGCGCUGGUGAGAGAAAGUCUUUAGACAUCUUUAUCAGUUUUAGAGGAAUUACAAACCCAAGCAUUCCCUCUCUGUGGCGCUUUUCUCCGACCCAGCAGGUGUUUUAUAUUAAGACUUUAUGGUUCCAAAGCCACAAGCGUAACAGUCACGUAAUAAAUUGUACAAAUUACUUAUUUACAGACCGUAACAUUUAAUUGCGGUCUUGCGAAAUAAAGUACAGGUGCACAUUGACAUCAACAUGCAAUUAGCUCUUAUUUUUAUAGGCAAGAGCAGGAUCACAACAUCCCUUUUAAUCAGAAACAGACAAGUUUUAUCACCUUUCAGGACUUUCAUUUAACAGGAAUUGUGUUACAUGAUAGCACAAUAAUGCUACAAAUGAAACAAUACAGAUUUAUGUUUAGAUGCACUUGUAUCGACCACCUGGGUAGGCCCCGUUUCAUGCUUUGUACACAUUUUCCAUCACAAAAUUCCAAACAGUGCCGGGUUCAACUAUCCAGACAUCCUCAUAUUGUUCCAGACAGUUGUUGACAUCACUGCACUCAUAGUUAGACGUUUGUGUAAUAAAUGGUUUUCAAGUUUUUAGGGCUUUUCACAGAAAGACCAGAAACUUAGGAACACCCAAUUGGCUCUCUUGACUGCACAACUAAUUUGCUACUCUUUUUUCCUUUAUUCUUAUGUAUCAAAAUUUGGAAAACUUCUUUAAAAUUUAAUACCACUCCAUUUUCAGAUCAGAAAUAAAAUUUUGUUCUUACUUUUGUUACUUUUUCAUUACUAUUGCAGAUUUAUUAUCAAUGACUUUUCUGAAUGGUUGAUAUGUUAACCUUAAAGGGAUAUUCUGCUGUAAAAUUAAGUUAGGGACAAACACACACUGCACGAUAGCAGUACACAGUGGUCUACAUCUCCACUCGCAAACUUCAACCAAAAAGCCACUCUACAGCCACAAAUAAUGCUCAGAACAGCACCUAUCUUUAUCAACAAUACAUAAAGGCCCCCAGCCAUAGUACUAGUCAUCAAACAUCUUUUUAACUUUGCCUGGUUUCUUUAGCAAGAAGACCAAAUGCAACUCACCCACUCUCCUCCAGCAGCCGCUUGUUUGAGGGGAGCCCUGACGAGUUGAUCACUGAGUGCAGUGGAUCAUUUCCUUUAAGUAAUGAUCAUCAUUGUAAUAAUUUUGCAAUGCAGACGCAGUAGUUCUUCUGCCUUAGCGUCUUGGUCUGAUUCCAUUUACAUAAAGUAAGAAUCAUAAAUGUUCUUCCUUGAGCUGUGAAACUCCACUGCACUUGAUGAUUGACUCGUCAGGGCUCCCCCACAAAACAAGCGGCUGCUGGAAGAGAGUGGGUGAGUUGUGUUUGGUCUCUUCGCUAAAGAAAUCAGGCAAAGCUAAAAAGAUGUUUGAUGGCUAGUACUAUGGGUGGGACCCUAUAUGUACUGUUGAUGAAGUUAGGUGCUGUUCUGAGCAUUAUUUUUGGAUAUAGAGUGGCUUUUUGAUUGAGGUUUGCCCAUGGAGACAUAGGCCGCUGUGUAUUGCUAUUGAGUGGUCGUUACUGAAGUUGGUAUAACUAGAGAAGCAAGUGGUCUGAAAUAUUCAUCUCUUGAGGGGGUAUCUAACUUGGUGUUAUGGUGUGUUUGACCAUAACUUAAAUUUAGGCCGGAAUAUCCCUUUAUUUCUUAAAACCUGAAGGUGCAAUGUGUAGUAAUGAGCGGCACUGAGUAAAACAGAUUUGGUAAAAAUGGAAUUUACUGUUUAUAAGGAUUUUAAAUUAUUUUUUUUAUCACCUGAAAACAAUUUCAGUUAACUUGGAAUAAGCCUUUAAUAUCAAUAUUGGAACAAAACUGCAAUCUUGCACCAGUGUGAUUGCACCAUAACACAGAAGGGACAAACAAGUAACAUGUGAGUUUCAGUAUUUAGCGAGUUGUGAUCCAAAAUGCACCAUGUGGAAGGCAAAGAAGAGGAGAGUGGUUGUGUAAUAAUAGCUGUUUUUGAUAGUAAAAACUUGACAAUCACAUCUAUCAUGCAUCUCAGAAGUUUCUUGUCCUCAAGGGCCACCAUUGCCUCACUGACAGAAGGGAACAUGUCAAUCUAGGAUCUGGCUGCUACAUAUUGCAUUCCCAUUUCUACUCACUGUACCUUUAAGAUAGCAGAGCAAUUUUCUUACAUGUCACUGCUUAUCUCUGUGUUUGCUGUGUCUAGAGAAAUCAAAUCAAUCAAAAACAAUAUCCCCCUCGCAGGCUCCAUGUCGUGCUGAGCUGCAGAGAGCACUGGACAGAUUAGCAUCGAACAGCCGCACACAUGAUGAUCUCUUCACGAUCCCCAUACCCAACUGUGACAAGAACGGAGACUUCCACGCUAAACAGGUAAGUGAGCUCAAGCACACACACGCCAACACACUCUGUUAUGAGCUUUAUUGGAUUAGUGAGUGAGUAGACCACUAUUUGUGUGCUGGUGAUCCGUGAAUCUCUAUUUUUCACCCAAUACAAAUAAAAUACCUGUCUUUAUAUUCCAAACAGUUCCUGCUGAAUCACAUUAGCAAUUUGUGGGCAGAUAAAAAACACUGUCUCACUUGUUUAAAAUCAACAUAAAAGAGUGUCACGGCAAAGCCAAGAUCUUAUUUUCCCAGCCUGCAUUAAAGAGAUUUAUUUUAGAAAUCAACAGUUGCUUCAGGCGUGAAGUGGUUUCCCCUAAAACUGUAGGACGAUAAUCCUUUUACUGCUGUGAUGGAUGCAAUUAGCUUUUGGAUGCAGUUACUUGUUUAACUUUGCAACAUUGGGCAACUAUGCAGAUAAGAGUGAGAGAAUGAGAGAGCCUAAAAAACAGAGAUAAGGCUGCUCUCUGAGCUCUGUGUGCAAUAUACGCAGAAGAUACAGACUGGGUGAUAAAAGGAAAAGCAGCAGUCAUCAACAGUCUGAGAUAUGCUGGUUGUGUAACUUGGUUAAAGUGUCUCUGUUUGCUCACAUUCACAGGAAUCUCUUUACUGUUUAACCAAAAGUGCACUCAGAUAAAAAAAACCUUUUGGGAAGUUAAACACAGGUCAUGAAGGGCAACUGGGAAUCAGUUCAUGGCUGGGUUGCCCUAAGAUUCUUAACUGGCCUUGGAGGUCAUUUUAAACUGUAAAUCAUUCGAGAAAAAGUAGAAAAUCACACUAAUAAUUCACUAAUAAUUUACUUUCACACAAAUCUCUAGAAGUUACUAGAAAGAAUCUUAGAAGCUUUGACUCAUUUGAGUAUUUGUUCAGAUAAAUAUCUUUGCCUGUUCAGUCUCUAUCUUGUGCUGACUGAGUUAAUGCAGUGGUGAUGGAGCCAACAGCCCGCCGAUGAAAGCCCUUUUAUUGCACCAGCCUUUGAAGUUAUGACCUGCAUGUUGAUUCAAAGUUUUUAGGGGAAAAAACAAGCAGUCUACAAUCUACAAUCUACCAUACGGCAUUUGUUUUCAAUAAGAGAGAGCAGACAGAAAGUAGUAUUUAGUUUUUCUCAAGUCUCUGUUGAGUACGGUAACUGUGUGUGACAGAACAAAGAGAAGGUCUCUAACUCCACAUGAUAAAACUUCAAAGCAAGUGCAGAUUUAAGGAAAAUUGGGGAAUAAGAAAUAAGCUCCGUAUAAAGCUAAAGAGAAACCCACAAACGCGCUCAUUUGGAUGCUGUUUGGAUCUCUGAUAGAGUGAGGUCCAGAAACUUUUAUAGCUUUGAAAAGUUUUAAAAGCUGGGUCAGAUAUCAUCUUGGAAAGUAAUGGCCUUGUCAACAGAACAUUAACUGCCCUUUGGAGACAAUAAACUGGUCUAUAACAUUUUUCCUACUGCUCAGUUUUAAACUCACCUGCUAUGUUACAAAGACUACACUGACAAAGCGCACAUAGCCUCUUUGUUUUAAAGUAUAGCCAGGACUUUAACGCCUAAGUCAGUUAUAUUUUAGACUACCAGAAAAAUAAUCCCACUUUUUAAUCAGUUUCUUAUCCCAGCCAUUUUUAUUUAUUUUUUUGAUGACUUUACAAGAGAACCUAAAAUAUUUCAUACUGCAGUGGCUACAGCUGCCUUUUUCUUAGGGGUGUGAGAGUAGACAGUUAUAAACAAUACAUUUCACACAAUGAAUUUAAGAAAUAGCUCUCCCAUUAAGCAUUUCUUUGGUCUAAAUGAGGUUUAUUAGACGUCUAAAUGUAGCCUAGACGACUGGUCUAAAAUCAGGCUUCCAGGUCUAAAAAUGAAAGUCUUUUAGAUGUCUGAAUUUAGACCAAGUUUAGACUAGCCAGCUAACAGAGGUAUACACUGUAUAUUACUUAACGGCUGUCAUAAUUAUGAAAUUGGAGAUCAUACUUGGAGAUCAUUUAUGCAACUCACAGUUGCUUUUUGAAAUAAAUAGUUUUCAAAUCAUGGGUUAAAGAGCAAUGUCUAAAUUCCAUCUAAAAAUAUACAAAAUCUAGAUGGUUGAUACUAGGUCAAAAAAAAAAAACUAGACAUCUAAUAGCUGUCUAUUGCUCAGUGGGCCUCUAGAGUUUAGUGUUAAAGCUCAACACAAAGUAAACUGGUGUGAAAUCUUUUAGUUGACACUGUUACUUGAGCAUCAAAACUGGUUUUAAGUAUAAGUUAAGUAUCACAAAACUUAAUCUUCCACAACUCAGGAGGUGAAUGGCAAUAGUUUUACACCAACAAUAUGGUAUGUAACCAGGAUGUUUCACCUGUAUUUCAUGUGCCCACAGUGUCAUCCUGCACGUGACGGCCAGCGGGGGAAGUGCUGGUGUGUGGACCAGAAGACGGGCUUGAGACUGCCCGGGCCACUGGAGCUGCGAGGGGAACUAGACUGCCACCAGUUAAUGACUGCUACACUGAGGGAUUGAAUAUUGAGGGGGUGGCAGAGGGAGUGCAGGACCAGCUUAACUCUUCUGGUGCUUAUUAGUAGAACUACAUGCAGAAAGGACUUCGUUCUCAAGCCCCUCUUCACCUGAGGCCAAUGGUACUAGAGCUUGUGCAACAAAAAGGAAACCAUUGAUUUGAGUUCUUUUGCUAUUUUGUCUCUGUGUGUGAGAGUUUGUGACCCCUGAGUCUUUUGAGCACUUGUUGUGUAUUGUUUCUACUAUAUGAACCUAAGACCGGUGCUUUGAGGUAACAGGUGGCAGACAAAGAACUUCCACAGUCGUAGUUGUGAUCAUUGUUAGAGAGCAAAUGUGUUGUUUUCUCCUGCCUAAUUUCAGUACAGUAGUGCUAAAAAAGAAGAAAAUGCAUCAUUCCCACCAGAUUAUCAGACCUGAAACAGAACAGGAGCUGUAAGCAUUUCUUUUAGCUGUUCCUGGAGCAUUAUAAACCAUUCAGUAAGUACUGCAUCGGGACAAUCCAGACAGAUUAAUCAUGAAAGGAUUGCGUACUAGUUUUUCACACAAUGUGUGUAAUUGGUUGUAAUGUGUGGCUCUUAUUGUACGGCCCUAUAUGUGUAUCAUAAACUCCACCCAUCUGGUUAACAGGUUCAAACAAACUAUAAAAUAUGUAUGCAAACACAAAGAACAGUGACAAAGCAGUGACAUAUGAGUAGCAAUAAAAGAUAACCCUAGAUAAGAUCAGGAGAUAAAACUACAGAAAAAAUGCAGAGGUGGUAAAUCAAUGAAACAAUCCCCUGCAAUGAGUUACCAAAUGAUAAACCACAGCUUUUCACAGCACGAUGACCAAAACGGACAGAGGUUUUUAAAAAGUUAGAAAGCAUUUGCUUCAUCACUCUGCAGUUUACUCUGCAUCCUCCUCAUGCUAUCCUGAGCUCUGUGGACUGGCAGCACAGCUAGCCUUGAACCUCUGUACACUGCUGAUGGGAUAAUCGUAUUUCUCCAGCUGGAGUUAAGACGCCAGUGUGGAUCUUGUGUUUGUGUGAUUAUGCUAAAAACUACAGGACUUUUUUUUUUUUUUCCAAACCGACAGCUUCACAGAACUUUGGUGGUGCUAUAUACUCAUUGUGCCAAAAUAUGUCACUGAAAAGAGGGAGACUGAGAUUGUUAGGAGUAAACUAAAAUGGGCAACUAGCAACAGCAAGAGUUAGGAUCUCUUAAAUACAUGACCAUUUUCAAAGCUAUUGACAAUGGCUUUCUUGUGUAUUUUCAGUUUGUUUGUUGAAGUAUCAGAGUAACAUCCCACUAUGGCUUUGCACUAUCGCUGCAUCUCACCGGCUAAAUGUUCAGGUAAACAGUGUUGUAAAUUGCAGGCUUGAUGUGUUUUUAAUACACAAGCAGAGUGUACAGACAUAGAUUUUAACUGGGCUUAAGUUAAGCUUAAGUCACUUACAGAAUCAUAGCAUAGUGAUUAGACAGAAGAAAGACUUUUCUCUGUUGAACUGACAAUGCCAGUUUGUUUUAUUUUUUGUGUCCAUUUUUAUUGUCUGUAGGCCAUUGUACUACUAAUCAAGCUAGCAUACUACCAGACCAUGCAACAUACCUUUGCAUCAAAUAGUUUAGAUACUGUAGGGAGGGGAGCGCUGGUUUAUUGAAAUUGAGACAUCUACUUCUCGUAAAUGGUCCACUUGCACUGCUACUUUUUCUUGCUUACUGUUCAGGCAGUAAGUCAUUUAAUUGUCAGCAGUGAAAACUAGUUGAUCUUCCCGAGUAACCUUUCAAAUGUGGGCCAACUUAUUGCCCGCUGAAAUCAGAUAAGCUUUGUUACUCAUCGUCAGCCUGAAGCUUUCUCUGGUUUGUUUCAGUGCAACCUGAAGAUACAUAAGGGUGUGAGGGCAUUAAAUGAACCCUUCGACUAAACUUAGGUUGGCUUGUUUGAAGUGCACUUUGCUUUCUUUCAUUUUUUUUUUAUUUUUUUUUUUAAUUAUUAUUAAACUUUCAGGUUAGAUUGAACAAAAGAAAUAAUAGCCUAGUUUUACAGCCCUAAUUACUGGCUUGUUUUAUGGCGAAGAAUUACACUGCUAGAGGCAAAGGUCAGUUUAAAGCUUUGCAGGAAACUGUGUCAUCUGAUGGCCAAUUCUCUUUGUCACUUCAGAAAGAGAUGAAUCCAAAGUUGUUUCACCAAACACAGAAAGAUAGUGAGAAUACAGUAUAGACGAAGACUAAAUGGUAGAACACAAAAGCCAAAUAUCUUAAAAAUAUUUCCAAAGAUGAUAAACAUACUCUGACACACUACAGAUCUUGUUCAGUGAACUGAAAACACAUAGAAAGUUACAGCAGCAUCUCAUCUUAUCAAUCAUUAAUAAAAGAAGUGUUACUACAUUUUUUUUAACAUUUCUCUGUUAAAAAAAAUCUUACUUUUUUAGAGAGAGGGUGAGGGGUUUUGGCUUUGAUUUUGUAAAGGCCUCCUAACUACAUAAAAAGUGUGUAUUUAAGACGUAGUGCAUUGCUUGAUCUCUAACUUUGCUGUACUUAACUGUAAUUGCAUUUCUAAAGAAAAGACUGUUCCUUUUUUGCUUUUGAUAUUACAGUAUACUGUAUAUUAAUGUGUAGAAGAUAUGAAGUAAUUUUUGCAUGCAUACAAAUGGACUGGGGUUGGAAAGGUCUUGUGUAUCUGUUCAGGACAGGACCAUUAUACUCAAACAUUGAAGUGAUCAAAAAACUGAAAUAUAGAACUUCAACCAUUUAAAUAAUAAGUUACAUUGUAACUGAAAAAGUAACAGCUAUGGAAAUGUACACAUUGUAAUACACCAAUUAAAACACAUUAGAAACUAUGACGUUUCUGUUGCUUUUGUUGUGCUGCAAAAUAAAGGUGGGAUCCUUUGUUAAA